UUUGCUUAUUUUGCAGCUCCUGUCAUUAACAGAUACAACAGAAGAGUAUCAGUUUGUGCUGAAGCUUUCAAUCCAGAUGAAGAGGAAGAAGACACAGAACAGAGGAUAGUUCAUCCAAAAACUGAUGAACAGCGAUGCAGACUGCAGGAGGCAUGUAAAGAUAUCCUGCUCUUCAAAAAUCUAGAUCAGGAGCAGCUUUCUCAAGUCCUUGAUGCCAUGUUUGAGAGGAAGGUGAAACCUCAUGAACAUGUGAUUGAUCAAGGGGAUGAUGGAGACAACUUCUAUGUCAUUGAGCAGGGACUGUAUGAUAUUGUUGUAGCAAAAGACAACCAGGCACGCUGUGUGGGCCGCUAUGAUAAUCACGGCAGUUUUGGGGAACUGGCGUUGAUGUACAACACUCCUAGAGCUGCCACCAUUGUUGCCACAACAGAAGGAGCCCUUUGGGGACUGGAUCGAGUGACAUUCAGAAGAAUCAUAUUGAAAAACAAUGCAAAGAAGAGGAAGACGUACGAGUUAUUUAUCGAGUCUGUACCCCUUCUCAAGUCCUUGGAGGCAUCAGAACGAAUGAAAAUUGUGGAUGUUAUAGGAGAGAAAGUGUAUCAGGAUGGGGAACGUAUCAUUUCUCAGGGCGAUAAAGCAGAUUGCUUUUAUAUUGUAGAAUCUGGUGAAGUAAAAAUCAUGAUUAAAAGCAAGACUAUGAUGAGUAAGGAAGCUAACCAAGAAGUAGAGAUUGCCCGGUGUCACAGAGGGCAGUAUUUUGGAGAGCUUGCACUUGUUACCAACAAGCCCAGGGCAGCCUCUGCCUAUGCUGUUGGAGAGGUCAAAUGUUUAGUCAUGGAUGUGCAAGCAUUUGAGAGGUUGCUUGGACCCUGCAUGGACAUUAUGAAGAGGAAUAUAACGCAUUAUGAGGAGCAGCUGGUGGCAAUGUUUGGCUCUAGCAUGGACCUGUUGGAUCCAGGGAAUUAGGCACAGGGUACCUCAGUGCCUUCUUAGUUCAAGACACAGAAAAGCCUCCUAUCAGCAACACAACUCACAAGGAAAAUGGACACUACGGAACAGUUAAUGCUGCUGUCUUCUUGGGCAUUUUAGAAACCAUAAGCAAGUCUCGGCACAGAUGGAUUGCUCACUCCCUGCCUCCACUUUGCUGCUGAUACUUCAUUAUUAGACCUAGAUUUAAAAUGGUUAUAACCUUGAGUUCACUUACUUGGUUCAGAAUGGCAUCUGUCCAGCAGUUCAAGUGCCUGAUACGACACCCAAAGUGUGCAAGAUACAGAAGCCUCCUUCCUUCUGGUGUUCCUGUUGGGAUAAAUUUUCAGAUCAGAUUUUGUGGCAGGAGGUUGCCUGUUCCUCAGAGGCAACCUCUGGAAUACAAGUCUUUGAUAGGUUUAUUAUCUUCUAACACUUCAAUUACCUAAAUUUGCUUUUAAUUGUAGCAGCUGGAUUUGACGUUAAAAUAUCAAUGGAACCACUUAGUAAGGUGGCACUGAAACUUUCUUCCCCCUGCUGAAAACUGCAGGUACUGCAUUAAACCAAGUAAACUGAGCUGGGGACACCGGUGAGAGUCUGAUUAGCAACAAAAUGCAGAAAAUGAAGCAUUGCUAAAUCUCAAGUGUUUUCUGAGCAGCAAAGAAAACUUCAUGCUUCCCAAAAAAGUGCAGUGGUUCAGAUCAUAUGGCUUGAAGGUGUUAUAGUUGUCUUCUCCCAGAUUUGCUCCAUGUUUCUGAUACUGUAUAUGUAUAUAUGUGUGUGUAUAUACAUACACACAUACACACACACACACACACAUAUAUAUAUAUAUGGUGUCAAAAUCACAAUAGAUGACCUUCUUUCAUUUACAGAGAUCCUUUAUACUGCAAGUUUGCCAGGGUGCUGUUGUCUGACUCAAUUUUAAAGCUUUUUAAGAAUGAACAUUUUGUAAUUUAAAGGAAGACUACUUCUGUAUUUAUCUACAGGAGCUCCCUCCUUCCAGUGUCACAGUAUUUUAACUUAAUUAGACACCUGAAUGCUUUCAAAUGCCACAGAUUUCAUAAG